AGAGGGAGGCGGGCCAAAGGGUGGGAAGCAACCGGUUAAAACCCUUCCCGCUCUCGGGAGGCGGCCAGUCAGCGGAGGCAGCGCACCUGGGAGCCGGGAAGGGCUGGCUGCUCCGGAGGCGCCCCUUUCAAUGCUAGCAGAGGCAGGAGAGCGCGCGGGGAAGCGCAGGGGCAGCCGGAGGGCCGCGCUGGGCGCGCAGGUGUCCGAGAUGCUGGAGAAUGGGUCCUUACGGAACUGCUGCGGGCUGGGCGGGCGAGGGGGCUUUGGCUUCUCACAGAGAGGCGAGGAAGAGGAGGCGGCGGCGGCAGUCGGAGCAGCAGGGGCGGAACAGCGGCCGGGCUGGGUGGUCACGGCGCUGUCCAGCGUGCUGAUCUUUACCACCGUGGUGGAUAUCGUGGGCAACCUGCUGGUCAUUAUCUCGGUGUUCAAGAAUCGCAAGCUCCGGAACUCGGGUAACGCGUUUGUGGUUAGCCUGGCACUGGCAGACCUAGUGGUGGCUUUGUACCCUUACCCCUUAGUGCUUGUCGCCAUUUUUCACAAUGGCUGGUCCUUGGGGGAUACACACUGUAAAGUCAGUGGCUUUGUGAUGGGUCUCAGCGUUAUAGGCUCCAUCUUCAAUAUCGCUGCCAUUGCAAUAAACAGAUACUGCUACAUAUGCCACAGUUUUGCAUAUGACAAAGUGUACAGCUGUUGGAACACAAUGCUCUACGUCUGCCUGAUUUGGGUCCUGACAGUGAUUGCGACCGUGCCAAAUUUCUUCGUCGGCUCUCUCGAGUACGACCAGCGUAUCUAUUCGUGUACGUUCACCCAAACAGCGAGCUCCUAUUAUACCAUUGCUGUCGUCGUCAUCCACUUCAUUGUCCCGAUAACCAUUGUGAGCUUCUGCUACCUGCGGAUCUGGAUCCUGGUGAUUCAAGUGAGGAGAAGAGUCAAAUCGGAAGUCAAGCCCAGAAUGAAGCCCAGCGACUUCCGGAACUUUCUCACCAUGUUUGUCGUCUUUGUGAUCUUUGCCUUUUGCUGGGCACCCCUGAACUUCAUUGGACUCGCUGUGGCCAUUAACCCUUCGGAAAUGGCCCCCAAAGUUCCAGAGUGGUUGUUUGUCGUGAGCUACUUCAUGGCAUACUUCAAUAGUUGCCUUAAUGCAAUAAUCUAUGGACUUCUGAACCAGAAUUUUCGAAAGGAGUAUAAACGAAUCCUCAUGACACUGUGGAUUCCGCGGCUUUUCUUUCAGGACACAUCCAAAGGAGGGACUGAAGGUCAGAAGAGCAAACCCUCCCCAGCUUUAAAUAAUAAUGACCAAAUCAAAACAGAUACGUUGUAAAGAGUAUAGGACAGUAAAUGCACAAGGGUACCAUGUUGUGUCCUUGAAUAAUGUUGUUUUUAAGGUUGUAUGCUUCAUUUUUUGCUUACCUUCUUCUGUGCUUUCCUUUUGAAUGACAUGCCGGGAUGACUAGAAUUUGGUCUUCUUGAUGAAGCACCUCCCGUUUAUGCAUUUGUAAUUGAUAACUAGGUACCAAUGUGAAAUUGGCUUCUAGAUUCACAAGAAGAGGAAAGCCAACUAUGAACUUGGAUGUAUGCACAGGACCAAGCAGUGUGUCCGACAUGUUUGUUUAAAAAAAAAAAAAAAAACGGUACUCAGGAAGUGGAAUAAUUGCACUGUAUUUUGAGGAAGAGAUGUGAAUGAUGGCUUGCCACAGCAUUUCCCCCUUUGAUGACUGUGUAGAGAUGAAUGAGAUCUCCUUCAGCUGAACUCUGGCUCUGUCUUAAGCAAGACUGAGAGUAGUAAACAGGCAUCAUAAUGGGCAGAUAUCACUCCUCCCCACUCCUCAGGCUGACAUAAGUAGCUUCGCAAACAUAGUGUGUGGCUACAUGCAGGGUUUUAAUAUCAGUCCCCACAGGAGUUUUGGGGAGCCUUUUCUCCUGACUAAGGACACCCCUUCUCCCUGUCAAACUGCCAGUGCAGAUCCAGUUGAAACAAAAUCUCAAGAGAUGUUUCCCAAUUAUCUCUUGGUUAAACACUCAGAUCUGAGCUGUUCAGACAUUAUGAACCCUGUUCAGACAUUAUGUUGAACUCUUGUACAAUGAGUGUACAGAUUACACAGGUACAGUUAUUUGCAUAUUAUGCUGAACACAGGUACAGCAGUAUCGGUAUCCUCUCUGUAUGAUGCAUUUGAGGGGCCUGUAUCUGAGCACAGGUACAGUCUUUCACAUGAAAACAUAUGUGAGUGUACAGAUUUCUGUGCAGUCAUACAACGUAAUGUCUGGACAGGGCUACGGUUUGCUUCAUACUCAAUGUUUUUUUUAAAAAGAAAAACACUUGGGUGAGAUUCCUUUCCUAUUUGAGGAUUCUGGUCCACCAGUGUAGGCCACAAUCCAGCACCACAUGUGAUUGAUCGACCCUUGCAAUCCCCUUGCAAUCCCCUUGCAAUGUCCAUCCAUCAUCACUGAGAAGGCUUUUCCAGACAAGCCCCAUCAGACCCAUGAUUGAUGGGGUGUGGGGAUGAGUGACAUGGAAGGGGCUGGGCUUCUUCCCCCUUUGCCCAGCUACUUAUGAGUAUGGCGAGCCUUCAGUCUAACAUCUGAAGGAUCCUUGUGUGAAUGCCUAAAAGGGAAGGGCCAGAUUCAAAGAAAGGGCUGCGUGUGGCAAUAGGGAAAAGUCCAGCUUUGUAAGCACUAAUCCUGAAAAUGGUUAAGAAUUGUGGCGUGUUGUGUGGGCUUAUCCAUUGAUCACCAGUUCACUUUCCUGGUUUGGUGCUGUACUACAACACACAGAUGGAAUUGUGGGAAAUAUCUCUGGAGAAAGCAAAGACCUUUUUCUUCUAGAGACAUACCUGCAUUGGAAAUGGAAAACUGACUGCACAGUUCAUGGUGGCCCUAUAAUAAUCCCCCUUAGGAUGGGUAGGGGGGUGACAAGGGGAUAAAACUCCAAUGUAUAGGGGCUGUGUGGGUGGAAUAUAGGAGUGCAAGCAGGUCCCAGAAGGUUGGUAUGCUCUGGGACUAAGGAAGGUAAUCUACUAGAGCAGCUUCUCUUGGAGGAAGAAUACAGGUUUCCUAAUUCUACCAAAGAAAGCAUUCAUGAGGUGAUCUCCGAAGGAAAAAGGUCCCUGUCUUAUGGACACGGUAAGAUAAAGAUAUAAGGAAAGCACACAUUCACUGGAUAUUAGUUGUGAAGUACUGUGGUAUAGCAUGGACAUUCAACGUGGCUGGGGAAAUCUAGCUUAAAAUCCAUGCUGAGUUAUGAAGCUCGUGCUAAAUUUGAUGUGGGAGUUCUGUGACUGGAACUCUUGGCAUCUUUUUCCUUUUUCAAAAAGCAGCUGGGGGUGGAGGUGGGCAGGGAGCUAUGUAGCCCCUUCACAUGUUAGAAAAAGCAGGGAGGCGGUACUCGUGUACAGCAUCCUGAGAGCAUGCCCACAAGCUCUGUCCCCAUGCUGACGUGCUCAGAAACCCUGCCCUCCCACAGUCCACUGUACAGUGUUCAUCUGAAGAAACACAAGAGAGAUUCUGCAAAGAGGCACUUUUCAAACCAAUGAUAGGACUGGCCCUAUCCACGGCCCUCUGUGCAUCUUCAUUCAUUGCACUCGUGCAGAGUUAGUCUGAAUGUCAACCACGGUUACCAUGAAAACAAGAGUCUGAAAAACAAAAUCGCACUAACAAUUUGGAAUUCAUGUUUGUAAUCUGUAGGACUCAGAGCCUUUGCCACCUUCUGGAUCACACCCAGGGUUCAGACAGAAGUAUGAACUGUGACUAAGAUUCCAAGGCUCAUUAUAUGAGAUCAGCUCAUUACAACCCAGUGUGUCAUGAUCUAGUCCAACUUAAGCACUUUGGAAUCCCGUUGAAUUUGAAUAUUAGUGUACAGCACAUGCUUCCAGUCACUGGGACUUUGGCCUCAAUUCUGUGCACAUGUUCUUGGGAGUAAGCACCAUUGAAUAAAGUGGGACUUAAGUAAACAUGCACAGGACUGUACUAUUAGUCUGCAAUCCUAUACACACUUAGUAGACCAAGGGCUCCCAACCUUGGAUC